AUGAGUGAAUGUUUGAAAUAUCAAGAACCAUAUUCUGAUUGUAUGAAGUUUGCAAUUAUUUCACACAACAUUGACUUUGUUACAUUUUUGAUAAAUGAAUAUGAUAUAGAGAUCAACUUAAGAUGUUGCGGAAAGUAUAAUAAUCUUGAGGCAUUAUUAAUUUAUUUCGAUCAAACUAAUGAUUUUCAAAAAUGCUUUGUAUAUUCUGCGAAGUUAAAUAUAAUAUCCCUUAUAAAAUAUUUCCUUUCAUUUGGUCCAAAUAUCAACGAAGAAGAUAGGGAUGGACACAGUGCACUUUAUACAGCGGUGUGUUAUAAUGAUAAAGAAACAGCCGAACUUCUUAUUUCGCAUGGUGCAAAUAUUAAUAAAAUAUAA